CUUCCACGGUCCAAGCUCAGAAGCCCCACCUUUUGCGUUUCCCGCACCGUCAAUCAAAAUAGAAAAAAACAGAAAAGAAAAAAAAUCGACCCGAAUCUCCGAUCUCAGCCCGCCUUUGAUUAAAACAAUCAUGUCUGGAGUUUAAAUGAACAGAUAACCUUGCUAUCUUUUAGACUUUCGCGCUAUGACUGGUACGUAACACUUAAACCGAUCGAAGCACAGCACCGCCGCCCCAGAACAGGCAGUGAAGCAGCAGGAAAUGGCUGCCCUGGACGCGGACGGCAGUCAGGGCGACUUUCUGCAGCCCGCCGCAGGAGCCUCCGCCUCGGACCAGCAGACGACGGACCUCGCGUCCAUCCAGCUCACCGGCUCGUCUGACCGCUGGGAGGUUCUCACCCCGGUUUCCACCGGUAAAGAGGACUCUGGUGUAGUACACUUAUCCAGUGGGGGGAUUGUGGGCACCAACGGGCAGUAUGUAGUGCCACUGCAAACUGUACCGGGGCAGAGCCAGCCUGUUUUUGUCACUGCCGGGACAGACGGUUCCAGCGCCAACGGUAUCCAGUACCAGGUCAUUCCACAGCUCCAGAGUGCGGACGCGGCAUCGCUAGGUUACACUACGUCUACAACCGAUGUCACGACUCUGGGUACAGACAUUGCCAUACUGCCUGAUGGAACGCAGGGCAUCUCCACGGCAACUAGCACCACUGACCUGCAGGGUUUGCUGGCGCACACUGGACACAUGCAGCAGAUCCCGAGCGUCUCGUUGGCAGGAAGCGGGUUCGCUGGGCAGGGCCAGGUGGUGGCUAACGUGCCAGUCGGUUUGCCCGGGAACAUCACGUUUGUGCCGAUUAAUAGCCUGAGCAACGCCGACUUGGAGUCCCUGGGCCUGGCCGGAGCUCAGACCAUCGCUACGGGAGUCACAGCUGACGGUCAGCUCGUCAUGACAGGCGACAACACGGUCCAGAGCACACUGGAUAAAACCAACAACGCCAACAGCAACAACACCUUCGUUCCGCCGACAUCGACCUCCUCCUCCUCCACCACCACAUCGCUGCCCGAGACGAUAGACGGCACAGGGGUUCUGACCCAAGCCACGGCUGUUUCGGCCGGCCAACAAGAUCCGUCCUUCAUCCAUCAGAACCAUGUGCCUGCUACCAGCGAGUCCGUGGUGCAGCUAGUGCCUGCGCAGGCGGCAGAAGGUGCGGCGCAGACACUACAAAGUGUGCAGCUGCUCAACACAGGCACUUUCUUAAUCCAGGCGCAGACCGUGUCGCCGACUGGCCAGAUCCAGUGGCAGACUUUCCAGGUGCAGGGUGUGCAGAACCUACAGAACCUGCAGCUUUCUGGAGCCGGUGGAAUGGCGUCGCCGCAGAUCACCAUCGCCCCCGUGCAGACGCUGGCGCUCGGGCAGCCUGGUACCAGCGUGACUGCCGGACACAUCCCCAACCUGCAGACGGUCACGGUCAACUCCAUCUCGCAGGCAGAGCACACCAUAGAGAGUCCCUCAGACAUUCAUAUCAAGGAGGAACCGGACUCGGACGAUUGGCCACUGAGCGGAGACUCUACCCUGAACACCAGCGACCUGUCACACCUCCGCGUACGGAUGCUAGAUGAAGAGACGGAGGGGAUGGGACAGGAGGGGAAGAGGCUCCGGAGAGUAGCUUGUACCUGCCCUAACUGCAAGGAGGCAGGGGGAAGAGGCUCGGGCAUGGGCAAGAAGAAGCAGCACAUCUGCCACAUCCCCGGCUGUGGGAAGGUGUACGGUAAAACGUCUCACCUGCGCGCUCACCUGCGCUGGCACUCGGGCGAGAGGCCCUUCAUCUGCUCCUGGAGUUACUGCGGCAAGAGAUUCACACGCAGCGACGAGCUUCAGCGCCACCGCAGGACACACACAGGAGAGAAGAAGUUUGUGUGUCCACAGUGCUCUAAGCGCUUUAUGCGCAGCGACCAUUUGGCCAAACACAUUAAAACUCACCUGAACAAAAAAGGGCUAAACUCAGCCCCCACGGCAGGGCAGACGGAGGCCUCUGCCCAUCCGGACAGCAUCAUCACCGGGGGCGGGGCCACGCUCAUCCUGACCAAUCUGCCCCAGGCUGGCACCCAAGACAUCCUCUCAAACUCUGACCUCCCGCUUCAGCUGGUCACUGUGUCUGCCAAUGAGGCCAUGGAGUGACCUAUUAAAAAAAAACAACGCCCACUUUCACAGCUGGCUUUUCACUAUCGAUUUUUAUAUAUAUGAUAAAUUCAUAUAUAUAUAUAUAUGAAUAUAUAUAUGAAUAUAUAUAUGAAUAUAUGAAUAUAUAUUUUAAAAAAUGAAUUAUCAAUUUAUGCUCUGUAGCAUUCUUUUUUGUACAAACGGGGAAGGGGGAGGGUAGGGACAUUAAAUGUGGUUUGGGUCUACACACACACACACACACACUCACACACACAUGCAUAUACAGUGUAUAUGAAUACACUAACACAGAAAUGCCUUAUUUUGUAUCAUAUCAUACUCUAGUAUAUGAUGCUGGACUUGCUUGGGUUUGUACUUUCUUCUGAUCAAAUUGUUCAUGGGGAUGACGAUGAUAUGAGUGUGUGCAUGAAAGAUAUGGUACAGGGAGGUGUGUGUGUGUGUGUGUGUGUGAGCGAAAGAGAGCGAUGUGUGAAUUUGGCAGCGUGAGAGGGAAGCGACAUCCUCAGAGGGAAGAGAUACUCACGAUCUGUCCAUCUUCCUCUUCAAUCCGUCUCUCUCUCUCUCUCUCUCUCUCUCGGCUGGCCUCGGUCCAAAUGUGUCUUCGCUCUUUCAUUAUGUUUUAUUUCAAGUAUUGCUUCUCUCACACCCUCUGUAUCAUGAUUGGUGGAUUUGUUUAUUUUAUUUUUUUAUUUUUAUUCUAUCGUCCAUAUGCAACUCGGAUGAAAACGUUCAGUCAUGUUGUUCCUUUGUUUUUUUUUUAGUUUUUCUUCUCUAUAUUCAUGAUGUGUUCUCUGGUUUUACUCUUUUUGCAACCCCCCCAGUCCCCAAGGUUGUUUAUAGCCACCAUUUAUUUUAGUGUAUAACUGAUUCUGUUGUAUCAUGGACUUAAUUACUUUUUACAUGUGUAAAAUUUUUAUGUUACUUUUAUACUUUUAUUUUUUUCCCAAAUGGAACACAAUUAAAGUCAGAAAUCUUCCUAUAACUUUGAUACUUAAUGUUUAUUGAUUACUAUAGGUGACCUGUCGUGUGUGUGUGUGUGUGUGUGUGUGUGUGUGUGUGUGUGUGUGAUUUUUAAGCUUAAUGAAUUGAAUGCUUCAACAAAGGCAGUGCAUUGUUUUAGAAAACCAUUAUUUUGCAACAACAUUCAUUUAUAUGUUCUAAAGAAUUAAAAAAAAGCUUUGGGGAGUGCUGUUAUUAGAAACUAUUCAAUGACAGGGUGAUGUGAUGAAGCGGAGUAACUGUUCCCACUCAGUUUGCCAAUGCUAACAUUUUCUAUUUAUUAGAGAACACCAUGUUGUAAGUUUGAUCCAUUUAUAGUUGGGCAUAAAUGUUGUGGAACAUACAUGAUAAAGUUCCUGUUAUUGCUUAUGUUACAGCAGCUGUUACAUAAACAGUUGUUCUCUCA